AUGGAACAAUCAGAAAAGUUAUGUAGCGAAUUCAGUACUGAAGGUGGACGAGGACGAACAACUGAAGCUGGUACUGCAAGAACUGGCCCAACUGACACUGCUGUCCAAGAAACGUUUCCCACUGAUGGCCCGCGAGGGCUCACUCUGUCCGACGUGGACGAUGCAAUGAAGCAGCAGAUGGAGUUUCGCGCUGAAAAUUUGUCCUGGUUGCAUCCCGAGUUAGGCAGAUGGGCGGUCGCAUCUGCAGUGUUGCGCAAUCAGGAAGAGGUGGCGACGAACUACAACCCGAAGACUUUGGAGGGACUGAAACAAGAAUUUGAUGAGAAGCAUGGAUUUGGAGUUGGACUUGAAGAUCAGCAUGGAGACCAUCUGGGAGCAGGACUAGGUGAAGGAGCACGACCACAAGGAUUCCCAGCUCUGGGGUCUUCUGUUCUUAAACACAAGCCGUCAGAACUGGAGAAAUUUGUCCUACAGCAGAAAGAGAUGAAGAAGCAGAACAUACAGGAAAAGAAGCAAAGCAUACUCAUCAAGAAACCACAGGAGAUGGAAAUUGACGAACAAGACGAUGACGAAGGUGCGCGGGAACAGCGAGACGCGUUCUUAAUCGAGAAUCCAACUUGGUCUUCUCCUGCUGUAGGAUUAGGCACCGGAGAAUCUUUACGUAAUAUUAAAAAAUCUCUAGAAGGAGCAGAGCCAGAAGCAGAAGAAUCCACACGACUCUCCUUUUCCGCUGUGGUCCUUGCUUGCGAUUACUUUUCGAAGCGUGCUGGAG